AUGAAUUUGUGGGGCUCCCCAGGCCCUGACGGCUUCCCGCCAGGUUUCUUUAAAGAACACUGGGAUAUAGUCAAGACUGAUAUCAUCAAUCUUGUUCAAGAUUUUUUCAAGAAAAAUUAUUUGCUAAAAGACUACACUUAUAUCACUCUGAUUCCUAAAGUCCAUAAUCCCUCUACUCCUAGCGAUUUCCGUCCUAUCAGCCUUAGCAAUAUAACGUAUAAAAUAAUUUCUAAAAUUUUAACUAAUGGGAUAAAGCCUUUACUCUCUAAGCUUAUCUCUCAAAACCAGCCUGCUUUCAUUCCUGGUCGUCAAAUAACUGACAACAUUAUUGUAGUGCAUGAAAUUUUGCAUUCUAUGAAAACAUCGAAAAACAAAAAUGGAAAUAUGGCUCUUAAAAUAGACCUUUCCAAAGUGUUUGAUACAAUUGAAUGGGACUUUCUAAAUCAAACCCUUCUAUCCUUUGGUUUCUGCAGUGAGUGGUGUCAACUUAUUUUGCAAUGCAUUACUACAACUUCUUUCUUUGUGCUUUUAAAUGGUGUGCCUAGUGAAUUUUUUUUUGUUACUAGGGGUCUCAGGCAAGGAGAUCCACUAUCUCCUUACCUGUUUAUCAUUUGUAUGGAAGUGCUCUCGAAACUUCUCUUGAAAGCUGAAAAAGAUAAUUUAGUUUCAGGGAUCAAAGUCGCUAAAACUGCACCCUCAGUCUCUCAUUUGUUCUUUGCUGAUGAUUUUUUUCUUUUUUCGAAAGCCAAUCUGAAUGAAGCUAAAAAUAUUCUUAACAUUCUUAACACUCUUAACACUUUUGGAGAAAUGACUGCUCAGGUUAUAAACUUUCAACAUUCUGGGAUUUAUUUCUCUCCUAAAGUUCAUAAUAAACAUUGUAAGAUAAUUUCUAGAAUCUUUAAGGUUAGGAAAAUAUCUAAGAAUGAUAAAUACCUUGGAACUCCUUUAUUCUUUGAUAAAAAUAAAACCAAUAGCUUUGAACCUCUGAUUAAUAAGUAUUAUGCUGCGCUUCAAGGUUGGAUUAGAAAAAUGUUUAAUCAUGCUGGUCGUACUGUUCUUAUUAAGAAUGUGCUUAGUGAUUAUCCUAAUCAUCAAAUGCAAUGUCUGAAAGGCUUAGAAAUUGUUAAAGAGAAUAGUGUCUGGCAAGUCAAUAAUGGAAGGGACACAAAUAUUUGGACAAAUCUUUGGUUGCCUAAUCAAACUACUCCUCUCAUCCCUAUAGUUACUGAUAAUAAUAUGCCUACAACUGAUGACGCUAAAUUUAGGAAGCAAAUUUGGAAUUUGAAUGUUAGACCUAAAGUAAACAUGUUUUGUCGGAAGGUGGUUUCUGGUGCUCUUGCUCUAGGUUGUAAAAUGUUUAGAUAUAUCAAAGAUGUUAAGCCUUAUUGCCUGUUGUGUGAUUCUAAUGCUGCUGAGGAUGAGCUUCAUCUAAACAGUGUGAACUUUGAUAAUAUUGUGCCAUUACCACAGAAGCUUAUUGAUGUCAUUAAAACAUCCUACCAGACCCUUGUGCCUACUAGAGAUAACAAUACCAGCAUGAACCCUGUUUUUGGCAGAAAUGUGAACUAUGAUAUAGGAACAAGACAUGAAUAUGACUGGUUCAUUCACUUUGAUGCAUCCUUCUUAGAAGCUGACUUUUCAAUGGGUUAUGCAAUCUCUAUUUUGGACAAAGCACGAAACAGGAGACAGUGCAGAGCUGGCAGAGAAUGGGCUUCCUGCCCAUUAGAUGCUGAAGCAAAAGCAUUAUUGAAAGCUCUUACAUGGAUGAAGGAUCUAAAUCUGAAGAAUUGUUGCUUCAUAAAUGACUGCCAGACUUUAAUGAAGAUAAUGAAUGGAGAUAUUAGUUCUGAAGAUCAACCAUGGAGAGCUCAAAGAAGCAUCAAUAGAUGCAAAUUUUCAGCCUAUAUAUGUAAUUCGAUUUUUUUUCUGUAUAAAGCUAGGAAGUUUUUAGAUUUUGAAGAUAGACUUGCUAAGGAAGUUAGAACUAGGAAGAUAUCUUUCUUCUCUACUGAAAAUAUGAAUACUUAUGAAAGAACUAGAUUCCUAGAAAGGACUAAUCAGAGAUUAGAUCCCAUCUUAUGUAAUGAACACUUCCUUUAUAAAUAA